UUGAAAAAGAAAUUGACGUUUUUAAUCAAAAGAAGCUUAAUGAUUUCUAUAAAGAGUGGAAUAAAAUAAAUAUAAAUAUAACACAAAAAAAUAAUGAAAUAAAGGAUUGUGUUAACAAAGGACAUGUAUCAGUUGAUUUAAUUAAUCUUGAUAAUGUAAAGAAUUUUAGAGAAAGAUGUCUUAAUCCUAAGGCAUCUACAUGUCGUAAUAGUUCUCCAUCUCAAGUUAGAAAAUCUCCAGAAUUAAAAAGAUCUGGUGCAGGAGAUUCCUGUAAACCAGGUAAGAAUUGUAAAGAAGGAAUAGCACAAUCAAAAGAAGAAAGGGGUAAAUCACAAUCUAGAGCUCUGGAAGAAGGCUCUAAAACAAUAGGGACCCCUAGAACUGAUCCCAAACAUGAACGUCAAAGCAAUCCUAUUGGACAAGAGCCAGUAAAUGCAAAGAUUAUUUCACAGCCACGACCUAGCGCUGCACAUUCUGAUUCGCAUGCUGUAGCUGAAGUCAAAGAUCAUGAACAAAGAGAUAAUGGAGAUUAUACUUUAUCUAAUCGAGAAGAAGCUCAGGCAAAACCUUUACCAAUCUUAGAACCUUCUAAAGAAAAAACAUUUGAAACUCAUCCAAGAGAUCAACAGUUACAAACUGCAACUCCUGUGGAAUCUGAUACAGGCGACUCUUCUCAAGUAAGGGGUUUAGAUGAAAAUACUCCUCAAAGUGAAACACCUCGUAACCAAACACUUGGUGCUAAUACUACUGGUCAGCAAUCUAAUCUCCUAAUACACAUGAUCUUUCAAUCUUCUGCUGAAAGAGUUUCUGUUCAUCAUAAUCAUCAUCAUGGAGAUAGUAUUAGUAUAUCAACUGAUGAUUUGAGAUCCGUUAGUUCAGAUCUUGUUACAACAAUCGAUCAUUAUACUGGUAGCGUGACUACUAAUAGUGAAUCUUCUCCUGUUGAAGCUCCUUCUUCUAAAAGAGAAGAUAGUGAAUUGGUUACUUCUACUGGUAAUAUACUACACAAUGUUCAUGAAUUUUUCGAUGCAAUACCAAAUAAAGAACAUGUCAUAAAGGCUUCAGCACCCAUGGGAAUUGUUCUGUUAUUGGGCCUUCUUUUUAAAAAUAGGAAGAAAGGAGCAUUUAUCAAUGAAG